AUUUUAAGUGUGUGGUCUGGUAACCCUGCAAGUGGUUUAGAAAAUAGAACGGCCCAAAAAUUGCACUGGUGGUUUUUGGGCAUAGAAAUUUAAUUUUCAUUAAUGGAAUUACGUGCAAAUAAUGUGAGAAAUAUGAAGUCGUGUUCUUAAUAGCAAACUUUACAAUAUUUGUAAUAGUCACCUACUUCGCGAAGUGUUGCAAUGGGCAAAGAUCAAGAGCUGUUGGAAGCAUCACGCAUCGGAAAUAUUGCUGUUGUAGGCAAAAUACUUGAGCAGAUAUCGAAACGUAACAGCGGGCCAUUUUCAAGUUUUCGGCGAAGCCCAUGCAUCAAUAGCCAAGAUGUAAAUGGCUACACGCCGCUUCAUCAUGCUUGCUUAAAUGGUCACGGCAAUAUUGUGCGACUUCUACUGAUGCAUAGUGCUGCACCUGAUAUGCCGGAUAUACGUGGUUCAACACCGUUGUAUUUAGCUGCUUGGGCAGGUCAUGACGAGAUAGUAAAACAGCUCUUGCUUCACACACCAAAAGCAGCAAACCCAAAUGCACAGACUAUCGACAAUGAAACACCAUUGCACUGUGCCGCACAACAUGGACAUAACACAGUUCUAGCCAUUUUACUUGCCUAUGGUGCUGAUCCAACUGUUCGCAACAAUAGUUUUCAGACUGCAUUAGAUCUUGCCGCACAAUUCGGCAGAUUGCAAGCAGUACAAACAUUAAUACGCACACAUCCCGAAUUGUUAGCACCAUAUCGUUCAUCUGGUAGCAGAACUCCUACAACUUCAACCAUUGAAUCUACACCGUACACGAUUUCACCAUCGACACAUUUAUUUACUCAUACUUGCUUGCAUUUAGCUAGUCGUAACGGACAUAAAAAAGUUGUGGAAGCACUCUUAGCCGCUGGUGUCGAUGUCAACAUUAUGACUAACUCGGGAACUGCUUUGCAUGAGGCUGCACUUUGCGGUAAAAAAGCUGUGGUCAAUGUACUACUACAAGCUGGUGUUAAUCCAGAUGCUACCGAUGGCUCAGGACACACAGCACUAGAUUUGCUCAAGGACUAUCCACCACAUGUCACUUACGAAAUUGUAUGCGCAAUAAAAGAUUUUUACAAAGACGCCUCGAAUGGUACACACUUUAAACCAAUAAACGAGCUCAGUGACGGAGACGAUCAUGAAGUGAUCAGUGACAGUUCCAUCUCGCCAGUGCCAAAUAUAGCCUUCGAACGAGGGCAAAACGAUGCAAAAGUCAGUGAUAUUGCACACAAGGAAUUUUUGAUGCCAAAGACUUUAAAACCAAAUAGACUUUCUGUUUCGAUGAGUUCUUUAGAACAUACCAACAAGCCUCAAUCAAAUUAUUUAACAAUGAAACCGAUCCUUUGGCAAAACUCGAAUACAGGUAUCGCGUCUCCAUUUUGUCAAAAUGGCCGCAAUAUUAUGCCUCUAUUUUCACCAGUAGAUAAACAGCGUAUUCUGUGGAGUGUUUUUAAUAAUCAACACCGCACACGUAGUCCGAGUGGCCCGAGUAGGUAUGGUGAUCGUGCACAAAUGCCGCACAAAACAUACGAACAUGUUGCUUUCACCAGAACCGGUUCGGUGCAUGAUCUCAAUGGAUAUACUGCGAAAAACGCUAUUAACGCCAACACGCGUAAUCGUUGCGUGGAUGAGUAUGUUGAGAUGACUGAUCAAAAUUGCUUUACACGCUCCUCACCAAAUGUUACAACGACAGCUCAUUUACCACAAUUGCAUUCUUCAAGCACGAACGUGAUUACACGGCAGCGUUGUGUCGAUGAGCAUGUAAAACUGACUAACUUAAACAAUUUUACAUGCUCCGCACAUAACGCUACACUACCGAAAAAACCCAUACCAAGCCCACGUUCCAUAAAAACCAAUGACUAUGCUAAUAUUAAUCACAUUUUAACAACAUCAAAUAUUAAUCGCACGAAUGCGGCGGAAUCUUUAUCACCAACCAUGCCGCAAAAACCACAGGACCAAAGCUCACCACCGCAGUCAAGCAAAGUAUCGCCCGCGAAAGAUGCGAACAAUAAUUGCCAUAAUAUUAACGAGAAGAAACACUCGCCCACACCCGAUUUUCCACCACCGACGGUUUCUCAGGCGGAACAUACAAUACUCAAAUUUAUGAGACCUAGCAGUGUACAUAGCAAGCGCCAAUCAUUGGGCCUUAAACAGCAACCACACACAGAUUUGGAAUCCUUCAUUGUGGACGCAAUAAAUCAAUUUGAGUUGCCUGAUUCUCCACUGAGUUCUCGUGUUUCGGAUUGUGUGGAGGAGUUUGUGGGUGACGCACCUUUUGCUGGUCUUUUUAAAGGUUCUACUUUGAAUUUGGCGAUGGAUGCUAAAGAGGAUGGCUUUUCCGCUUACCGCGCAUCUAGUGGCCUACGCUCACCGAGUUUGGUGCGCUCAAUAAAAGCUCUACCACCCAAAAGAAAUAUUCCUCAGUCGCAAAAAACUGUUGAUAAUGAAAAUUUUAAUGCUGCACAAGUGUGGGCUGAGAUUGAUACGAUACUGGAAAGCAUUGGCAAUGAGGUCAAUGAACAGUCGGAAAAAAUAUGCGAACUUAAUAAAACCAGCACCUUGAACAAGGAGUUAUUGCAAAUACGUAGGCCAGCUGCUUUGUGUUUGGGUAAUAACGACGAUUGUGCAAACAAUUGGUGUCAUUCGCCAAACACUCUUAUUUUCGGCCAAAUACUCUACACAGUAUAUUAUCUAGGGUCCACAGUUAUUCGUGAAUUACACGGUACUACUUCCACACGAAAAUCCAUAUUAAAGUUUAAGCGAAACGCCACUCCACUGCCAGUGGUCAAAGAACGAGAAUCGAACUUAGUGAAGGAUUGCAAUAAUUUAACCAAAAUGCUCAAAGAGUCUAAUCAGGAUACGCGCCUAAAAGUUGGUCUUGCAGUGUCUUGUGGUGGUGUAAAGUUUUUAAAUAUCGACAAUAGUUCCACCAUAUGCUCUCACGAUAUCGAAAACAUCAACUGUGUGUGUCAGGAUGCCGAGGACUUGCGCUAUUUUGCUUAUAUUACUAAAGAAGAAGAUAUGCAUUACUGUCAUGUUUUUAUGGUGGAUAAUUUGGAGUUAUCCCACGAAAUAAUUUUGACGUUGGGUGAGGCGUUUGAAGUUGCAUAUCAGUUGGCUCUAAGCAAAGACGAUGUCGCGCCGGUUUCUAAUAAUACGAGGUCUAUCGAAAAUAUAGCCGAGGUUUAAUUUGACUAAUAACUAACUACUAACUUUAAUUUUUAAUUCAAUUUAAUUUUUAUUCAACCACUAGUCGUUGGUAGUUGGUUUUUAAAUUUCAAAACUGUAUUAAUGAAGGUAUUUAAAACCUACGAGGUUUUGUUUAUCGCAUUUUCUACGAUUCUUGCAAAAUCGUAACGUUGCUUUACGAGUUUUGUAAAUGUUGAGUGUUUUAAUACAAACUUGUUAUUUAUGAAA